UCCUUUGCUCCAUUCCUCAGCUUCUCGCUUCAUUUCUCUCGUUGCUCGCUCGCCUGCAGCCAUCGAAAGCAAGACGGUACUACGCAGAUACGAAUCUAUCAAACUCACGCCCUUCAGCCUCAAAAUUCUUCACUGCUGCGUUUUUUUUUCCCUGUGGGGGAAACUAUUAAGCCUAGUAAAGAAUCAAGGCUGGGUUUCCAUUCCUGUGGAAGCGAGCUCGCCAUGCGCCCCAUCGGCAUGGGCGCGGGCGGCGCGGGAAGCCUUUGGCUCGGCGCGCUGAUCGUGCUGACGUUUCUCGCCGCGGUUUCUCCCGUCCGCAGCGUCCCUUACGCCCCCUCCCAAGUGCAACUCCUGCUGGACUUCCAGCAGGCGUGGGGGCAGAAUUUCGCUGGGUGGGUGUCCGGGGGGAACUGCAGCACUGCGAGUUAUGUGAAGUGCGAUGCCCAGGGCAUGGUCACCAGCAUGGAUCUAGAGAGCCAGGAAUUGACUGGAUCCAUCCCAAACACUAUCGGUAGAAUGGUCAGCCUGACAUUCCUGGAUUUACACAGCAAUUUACUAACCGGGUCGAUUCCAACAAGCAUUGCAAGCUUGAGCAGCCUAACGCACCUGGAUCUUUAUGGGAACCGUCUCAGUGGCUGGAUACCCUCAAGCAUUGGUGGUCUCCUCGAUCUCCGCUAUUUGGAUCUGCGUGAAAAUUCUCUGACAGGGUCUAUCCUGUCUACCAUCGGCGAAAUGACCAGCCUCACUUUCUUGGGUCUGAGCUCGAACUUCCUCACGCAGACCAUCCCAGAGACCAUCGGGAACCUCAUCAACUUGCGACAUUUACACCUUAUGAACAACAGUUUAAGUGGCAGCAUUCCGGACUCCAUCAGCAAGCUUGUAAAUCUUACAGAACUGGAUGUCAGACGAAACAAUCUCACAGGCCACCUAUCUCCAACAAUUGGCAGUCUUACCCGUCUUUCAUACUUGUUUAUUUCUGGAACAGCACUCACAUGCCCACCGGAUAACAGCACUUGUGUGGUCCCACAGAAUACAUCAAGCGCUUUCUGUUAUGAGUGCCUCUCCUUCUGCUCAACAUGUGACAUGGGGGCACCACCACCCUCUGCGCCAGCCUCGUUCCCCCAAAUGCAACUCCUGCUGGACUUCCAGCAGGCGUGGGGGCAUACUUUCGCUGGAUGGGUGGCUGGUGGGAGCUGCAGCAUUGCAGAGCAUGUGUCGUGCGAUGGUCAGGGCAUGGUCACCAGAAUGAGUUUGAAUGGUGAGGGCUUAACCGGAUCCAUCCCAUCUACUAUCGGCAGCAUGGUCCGCCUGACUUACCUGGAUUUACACAGAAAUUUCUUGACUGGAUCAAUCCCAAGAGGCAUCGCAAGCUUAAGCAGCCUAACGCACCUGGAUCUCUAUGGGAACAAACUCAGCAGCUGGAUACCCUCAAGCAUUGGUGGUCUCCUCGAUCUCCGCUACUUGGAUCUGGGUAGAAAUUCUCUGACUUGGUCUAUUCCAAGUACCAUCGGCAAUUUGACUCGCCUCACUUACCUGAGUCUAAGCUCAAACGCCCUCUCACAGACCAUCCCACAGUCCCUCGGGAACCUCAUCAACUUGCACGACUUAUACCUCCGCAACAACAGUUUAAGAGGCAGCAUUCCCGACUCCAUCAGCAAUCUCGUUAAUCUCACCCUAGCGUCUUUCAACCUGAACAAUCUCACUGGCCACCUCCCUCCAGUGAUGGGCAGCCUCAACCUUCUUUCACUCUUGAACAUAUCCGGAACAGGACUCACAUGCCCACCAGACCACAGCAACUGUGUGGUCCCACAGCACAAUUCAACCGCUUUCUGCAGGCAGUGCCCUGACUUCUGCAACACAUGUGUCAUGGCAUCACCCUCGACUCCACCCUCUGCUCCACCCUCUUCCCCCCAAAGGCAAAGUCGGGUCGGGUCGGGUCGGGUCGGGUUCAUGCUCAAGCCUACCCUAUUCCCUAUAUGACCCCAUCCUUUGAGGUUGUGAAG